AUGACGGCCGAAACACCUGAGGGUACCGUUUCAGUGGGCAUGGACGAAAUCGCUCUAAACGCCGAGCAGGUCAGCAGUCGUGACAAGACUAACGAUAAGGACGAUCUCGCACCGGUCGACGCUAUUGUUGCUAUCGGGAACGAUAUUCUCGCCAAUGGCACAGGUCAGCGCAGCGGCACCGCGACACCCUCAGACAUCGGCGACGAAAAAAUGUCCUUCCACAAUGCUGAAGACAACGAGGAAGACUUCCAAGACGCCAUGGAGGAUCUCCCCGCUACCCGAAAGCUCCACCAGCGACUAUCAUCCUACUCUCCUCAAAUCCGUGAGUCCGAAGAGUGGGAGCAGAUCAUGCAGGAUUGGGAGCGUGUCAUGGCCGAGAAGCGGAUCCAGGAUGCGAAAUUGAACCUAGUGGAGCAAGAGAACAAACGCAUGAAGGCCCAAUUGGUCGAGUCAGAGGCCAGUCGUGCUGAAUUGGAGAAGGAGAGCCAGGAACAGAUCCGUCGACUGGAGAAAGAGAACAAAGAGUUGGCCCUCAAAGCUAAAGACCCGACCAAGGAGAAGAAGGCGCUCAUGAACCAACUGGAGGAGUGCGAGGCCGAGAAGGAGCUCUUCAAGUUGAUGUUGGAGGAGACGGAGGGCGAGAAGAAGCGUAUUGAUCUGAAAUUGACACAGGUGGAGCGGGAAAAAGACCUUUGGGCCCAGAAAGCGGAGCGGGUCAAGACUCUUAAGAACCGUCUCCGAGUCAAGGCUGCCCAGUUCUCAUUGCUGUCCACCUCGACCUCCUCAUUGCUGGCCCAGGGAUUGGAUGGUGUCAAACCGGACAAGGAGCGGAAGCGACUGAUGGAUCAGGUCACCACAUUAGAGUCGGAUCGAUCCCGCCUCGCCGCGAUGGUCAAGGACACGAUGCACUCGACCGGCGAUCAUAGCAGCAACUCGUCCGCUGCUGAUGCAUCGACUCUUUCUAACCACGAGCUCGUGAACGAAAACCAGAGGCUCGGCAACGAGCUACAGAUGUCCAAGGUCGAGAACUCGCUUUUGCAGCGUCGCAUUGAGGCUUUCGAGGUAACUCUUCACGAUGUCAGAGUGGCCCUGACUAACUCCGAAACACAUGCCGAGAGUCUCGAGGCCAAGAAGUACGAGCUUCAGGAUAAACUGGCGGCUGCAGAGGGCAGCCUGGAUCGCGCCAGGGUUGAAUCAACCAAAUACCAGGCCCUUCACAAGGAGUUGCUCGAGAAGAACGACAAGCUGGACCGCGAGAUGCAGGUGAUCAAGGCGCGAUUUGAGGCCAAAGACCGCGUCCUUGUUACAACACAAAAGCAACUGACCGCAGCCAAGGCCGAUGGCGGGCUACUCAAGACCAUCCGUCGCGAGCUCGAGUCGGUACUAUUCGAUUAUAACACUGUCGUGCAGCACUUCAUGGACAUCCAGGUCCAAGCGAUGGGCGCCAAGGCUCUUGCUAAUGCCUUGAAGCGCCAGACGAACGAGUUGCAGGGGCAGCUAAACCAUUACCGCACCAUGCUGCUCGGUAUCAAGUCCUUUAACAACAACGAUCCCAUUAAGUCUCCAACGGUGACAACGCUGCGAGCAGAAUUCAGGGACCUACUGGAAAAGAUUCAGGAGGAGCAGAACGCUCAGGUCGACAAGGAGCGUGCCGACAAAUACAAGGCUCAAGACUGGAACCGCAAGCUGAGAAUGGAGAAGGACUUUAUGAAGUUGGAACUUCAGAACCAGAUCGAGAAGUGGAGACGGGUUUCGGUCUAUUGGGAGGACAAGUGGCGUAAGAGCGCAAACGAUCUGCAUGAGGCUGUGACCACAGGCAUGAGCUCGGAUAUGCUGUUCGAAGUCGCCUCAACCAAUAUGGCCGGCGUUCAGCCUGGAAGCAACCCAUCCUCGAAGCGCGCGUCCCUUGCCGUAUCUACUGCGUCAGCAGGAAACACUGGUCAUGUUCAAGAUCAGUCCUUGAUACCCUCGGCGAUGAAACAACAUAUUCUCGACAAUAGGUCGCGCCCAACUUCUGGAGCGGGAACCUUAUCUCGUCAAACCAGCGCCUCGUAUAUCUCACCUACCGCUUCUGGCGCUGCAACUGGUGUUGAGUCGUCAGCAACGGUUUCUUCAACCGCUGGAUCAUCGUCAAUUACAGAGUCCCUGACAGAUCUCGUGAAACCGUUUUUGGGACGCGCUCUUUCUCAAUCUGGGGGCUCUCUGGUUGGUGGUGCGGGUAGCAAUCGCGGACCAGGGGAUCCAGGUUCUCGCCUUGCGGCAGCAGCCACACUGCGAACGCCUAUUGCUGCGGGCCUGCCAUCCAAUAUCUCCGGUGUAGGCGCGAUGGGCAACACCUCUGUCUCGAAAGCGUCCUUACGAUCCAAGAAUAUGGCCGCAUCAGCCAUUGGCUCGGCGAGAAGUCAGGCACUGCGAGCUGGCGUCCCUGAUGCGGUGGUUACAUUGGCAAGCCAGGAAGCGCAGACAAGGGCCAAUUCGAGUAUUUCGACUGUUGCACGAUCGGUGGAUCAGGCCCUGAGCGAGUCAGACAGGUUAAAAGCGGAUGUGCGACGAAUGCUCAAUCGUUAA